GCCGGCGCAGUAAGAUCCACGUGGUUGAAAAGCGGUCACGCAGUAUCUGAUUGAAAUGGAGGACAUGGAGAGACGUAUCAGAAUUUGCUCGCUUUUUACAUUCAGAUAACUAGGUUCAUUAGCCACAUUUUAUAUUAUUGGAUUUAUUAUAUUGUUUUGUUAAAUUUCAACUGCCAGUAUGGGAAAGUCCAAGGUAAGCAGUUAAGAAGUUGUUGGCUAACUAAAGUUUUCUAACUAACGUUAGGUUAGCUAGCUAGCUAUUGACACGAUUCAGGUUAUUGUAAACGGAAUAUACUGGGAACUAUAUUGAAGAUUGUCUUAUCAGCAUGUGGAUGUUUAGCUAGGUGGAUGAAAAAAUGAUGUUAUGAGAAUAUCUGAACAAUGGUUACAUCCACAACGGCUACAGUACCGGCGUUAGCUCGUAACAUAGGGAAGUAUAUUGGCCAGCUAAACUAACGUGUUAAUUCAAUUUCAGACCAAAAACCAGAAGAAAUCACGUUUGAGUGCGAACCAUGUGGCGGAAGAGGUGUUCGGUGCGGUCCCUCACUCCUUCGUGUUUCACCGUGGCCAAGUCGGCAAGAAUGUCGGUCAACUCGUGGAGGACAUGCGGCGCGUCAUGGAGCCAUUCACUGCAGAAUCCCUUAAGGUCCGUUUGUUCAUGUCAUGAAACUCUAAACUGGUCUUUAUAACUGACUUGAAUCAAAGUGAAAUUACUUCAAGCCACAUUUGUUACUUAAUAUAUUUUGUGAAUUUAUAAAAACGAAUCAUAAUUCUGUGAUUUUGCACUUUCAACCACUGCUCUGAGUAUACAUACAAGUGCAUCUUGUGCUCAUAAUGGAUUGCAUUUGAGGGCUUGCCUGCGUGUGAUUGACAGGUGAGGAAGAAGAAUGUGCUGAAGGACUUUGUGGCUGUAGCAGGACCACUUGGAGUGACACACUUCAUGAUCUUCACCAAGACGCCCAGCAGUGUCAACAUGGUAAAUAUGUCUGCAAACACCAGGGGUGUAUUCAUUACUGAAACCGUUUAACUGUUUAUGAACCAAACUUAAGUAAACAAAACUCUUGUUUUUGUUGUCAAAACGUUUUAUGUUUGGAGUAAACAAAUUAUUUUGCAACAGACUAAAUGUUUUGCAACAGAAUCGGCGUAAUGUUAACACCCCUGUUGCAUUACUGUACCAUGAGGGGUUUUAGCAGUAGACACAGUCCCUAUUUUUACAGCUGCUCUCUAAACCCUUGGCCUUUCAAAGGCAGGCAAAGAUAAUAUAUUUAUGAUUUAUUGCUAUUGAUCAAUGAAGUAUAUGCUGUGUCAGCCACCUCCUUAGUUAUUCCAAUUGCUGAUGCAGAUGAUGAGUUAUGAGAAUAUCUGAAUUCAUGAUUAAGAUGUUUUAUCACUGAUGCAUCAAUAUCUACAGUUGGGCUGUUUACCAGAUCCUAAUGGCAAAUGAGUGAGUGAAUUUUUAUUUUUUUAAAAUAUUUUUUUCUCUUUCCAGAGGCUUGCUCGGCUGCCCAAAGGCCCUAUGCUCCAUUUCCGGGUGACCAAAGUGAGUACACAAACCCAUAUGACUUAAUGGGAGAAAUAGGCUCAAAGGAUGACAGAUUUCGACAUGACUGUUCAGUGAUAUAUGUUCAAAGUAAACGCACUGAUGAGCCCCAAUACUAGAAACAAGCAAAUAUAGGGUUUAGGGCUUCAAUUGCUUUUCCUAAAUAUGUUAUUUCUCGUUUUCAGUACUCUCUUAUUAAAGAUGUGGUCUCGUCGCUGAAGAGGCACAGAAUGCAUGAACAGCAGUUCACGCAUCAUCCACUGCUGGUCCUCAAUAACUUUGGCUCAGAGGGCAUGCAUGUCAAACUUAUGGCCACCAUGUUCCAAAACAUGUUCCCAUCCAUCAAUGUGCACAAGGUAUGUCAAAGGUACCAGUACAUGGAUUUUUGCUGGAUUGAGGAUUUGUGAAAUAUGAUGAUAUUAUAGUCUUCUGAUUAUCUGUGACGAUCACUCAAAAGUAAACGCUUUCUGAUAUCCCACAAUCCUUUUAUCCUUUAGUAUUAGAUUGACGAGAAUCAGGUUAGUAUGCAUUUUAACAGAUUUGCUUCUUGUAGGUAGCCCUCAACGCCAUAAAGAGAUGUGUUUUGCUGAACUACGAUCCAGUGUCUCAAGAAAUUGAAUUUCGCCAUUAGUAAGUAUACAAUAUGUUUUGUGCACUCAUUUUAAUUCAAGGUGGCUUGGUUACUCUAUAGGAAGACUGCUAGGGCUCAGAGGAUGACAGAUUGUGAAUUGACUGUUUAGUGAUGUAUAUUCAAAGUAAACGCACUGAUGCGCCCAUCAUGCAGAAACCCCACCCCCCCUGUAGCUGGCUAAAUGGUUCAGUCCACACUCAUCCUUGUCCUUCUCCCUGUCCCCCUCUGCAGCAGUCUGAAAGUAGUCCCUGUGGGCAUGAGUAGAGGAGUGAAGAAGCUGAUGCAGGAAAAGUUCCCCAACAUGAGCAAGUUUGAGGACAUCAGUGAGCUGCUGAUGAAGUAAGAGCCCUGGCUGUUGUUGUCCUAGCAGACGGCAGACUAUCUCCUGCUGUACUUGAGGCUGGUCUAUCUGCAUGUGUUUGGGUUCUCAAUAUUGCUUCGAUUUUUAGCUGUUUCUAAUGUUUCAUAAUGUUAUUUGGGUGAUACUACCAUGUCUAUGUUGGCUGUGAAGUGAUCUACCUACAAAGUCAUUCUGAUUUACCCUACUGUGUAGUGCAUGGUUGUUUACAUUUGACCGGCUGUUAUGUGCUCUCUUACCCUGCUAACUUUCUUUCAGAGGGGCCAAUCUUUCAGAAAGUGAAGCCGAGCAAGAUGGAGAUCACAACAUAACGGAACUGCCACAGAUCUACUCCGGGCGUGGUAACAUGGAGUCUCAACAGAGCGCUGUGAGACUGACUGAGGUGAUUACCAUGGUGCCUUAGAGUGGCUGGGAUUACAUUGUAACCAGUGUUUCAAUAGAGUUGUCUGUGUUGGCAGUGACUAUAAAUACUAGGUUUAUAGCAUCAGUUUGUCUUGUCUUUUUCUGUCCAUGGGAUGUACAUGAUGAGAAGACAACUAUGAUUACCUGUGAUAUUUCACAAAAGUAAACGCUUACUGACACAUCCUGACAGAGGUUAUCACCAUGGUGCCUUCAGCAGUUGAUCCUACUGAUGUGACAUUGUAACCAGUUUCUGGUAGGUUUUUACAGCAUCGGUUUGUUUUCUCUUCAGAUUGGCCCACGCAUCACCAUGCAGCUGGUGAAGAUCGAGGAGGGAAUGGGAGAGGGAAACAUACUCUACCAUGCAGUCAGUAAGUACACCUGUCAGUUUCCUGUUGAUUUAGCUGUCCGUGGGAUGUACAUGAUGAAAAGAUAACUAUGAUUACCUGUGAUAUUUCAACAACAAAAAAGUAAACGCUUACUGACACAUCCACCGAGAAUGGGUGUUUCUGUUGAUUGGUCAUGGUAAAAUGCUGAUGCAGGCCCUCUGAAUGUAUUUUCUGAAGUCGCCAAGACUGAGGAAGAGCUUCAGGAGAUCCUGAUCCGAAAAGAGGCGCAGAUGAAAGAAAAGCAGGAACGGAAGAAAAAACAAGAGCAGGAUGUUGCCCAAAAGAAAGCGUUACGGGAGGAGAACAAGUGAGUGUUAUAGCACAUUGUAACUGCUUUUCAUUCUAUCUGAGUUGGAGUGGAACAGUGAUGUUUGUUUCUGUAAUGUUAGGAAAAGAAGCAUGGCAGGCAUCAAGAGGAAGCGCCAGGAGGAGGAAGAGCAUGACCCUGAAGUGGAGGAUCCUGGGAACCAGGAUAACAGGCCUCCGGUUGUUGAAUCUGACGACGAGGCAGAGUACUACAGACAGGCUGUAGGGGAGGAGCCAGAUGAAGGUAUGUACUGAACCAAGUUUCUAUAGUCUGUUUUGUUGUACUAUAUUAUUGUGCUACUUUGGCAGACAAUCACCUUCUAUAUUUAUUUUUCUCCCUCCCCCAUCUAGAUAUGUUCCCUGCAGCCAAGAGGAGGCAAAGACCUGAAAGGCCCUCAGGUGGACCCUUCAAGAAGAGGAAACCGUUUUCUGGCGACGACAGUAAAAACAAAUAUGGUUCCAAGUCACCUCAUAGGUCUGGUCCAGGAGGGAAACCCAGAGACCGAAUGGGGGGUGACCGGGACAGGAAAGAGGGAAAGAAAUUUGGGGAUGGAGGCAAAUCUUUUGGAAAGAUGUCACCGGGGGGCAAGAGGUUUGGAGGAAAGAAAUUUGGGGAUGGGGACAAGCGGUUUGGAGGGAAGAAAUUCAGUGAAGGAGAUAAGAGAUUUGGAGGGAAGAAGUUUGAGAGGGGAAAGACAUUUGGGGGUGAUGGGGGUUCUACGUUUAAGGGCAGACCUCGUCAUGGUGGUUUGAAGAAGGGUCCUGGAGGGGCGAAGGGGGGCUUCAAACAGAGGAAGGGGAAGAGCUGAGCUUCACAACCCUCUGAAAGCCUGGACUGAUGAAUGCUGAGCACACUACCGUGGUAGAACACCAGGUGGCAAUAUGGACUCUCUAUUGUUGUCACUGCAGCUUCUGAUCAACAUGCCAACAUGAACAGGAAUGUAUUAAUUCAUGAAAGGACAUUGGUAUUGCAACAAGUCAGCGGGAGGACUGGAUGAAAAUGCAAUGAUGUAGUUUUGUACCUUGUGAAGAUGUUUAUUAAACAUGUUAUAAGCAUUGGCAAAUAAAUUGCUGAAUGCAAAGUACAGCUCAAUUGUGUGUUGCCUUUUUUUCCUUGCGGCUGACACAUGUAGCCUCUGCCACAGGCUUUCACCUCAAAGCAUGAGCGUGAACUGGAGCCGAGGCUGAAGCGCAUGACACUCAAGUUGUGAAAUGUGCAAUUGGUAAUGUGCUACAAGUUGAACAAUGGCAUGCAGCGUUAGUCACACUUUUUCAAAAUACAUACAAAUGGGUUGAUGGGGGAGGCAGAGGUCAGAAAGGGAAGUGACUGCUUUAAAUGUUUGUUGUACAUGUAACUAACGUAUCAUGGGAAGUUCUACUGGUCUCCGUGUGAAUGUCUACCACAGUAACUGUAGCCUUACGUCAGUGUCAAUGAGUAAGUACCAGUACUAAUCUGGCUUUAUUCUGAGGUCUGUAAAAUAGAACGCUUCCUCUUGACCUGCAACCUGUAUGUUAGCAUCUACUUCAUCAUGUGUAUCAGUGUGAACCUCUGUGGCCAUUGUGCACCCCUUCUUCACCCGCAACCAUGUGAACCCCGCCAAAGCCAAGGCUGCCAGUGUCAUCAUCUGGAUCUUUGUGACAGCCAUCUCCUCUCCUGUGUUGAAGUUUGCAUCCACAACAAAACCAAUUGUGUAUCCUACUCCUAUUGCACCACCAGUCAUGAGGUUACAGUUGCAUACUCUCACUUGUUUUACAAAAUGUUUCUGUCUGUGGUUGGGUGUUUUAUUCCCUUCCUGGUCACAUUUGCAUCAAACUGCGCAGUGUGGAGGAAUGAAAAUAUAACCUCCCUAGAGAAACGGAAGGUGGCCCUGAUGGUGUUUGCAGUGGUGGUGCUAUAUGCCAUUUCCUUUGUGCCUUAUCACCUCCUCCAGAGCUACUAUCUCUACCGGAAGGUUAAACUUGGCUCUGUCUGCGACUGGGUGCACAAGGCCUACCAGGUGUCCAAGGGACUGGCUACACUGAACAUGUGCAUCCAUCCACUGCUCUACAUGGCUGUGUUUGAUAGCAUCAGAGUGGCCUGCUGUGGAAGGAGCUCUGCAGAUAUGGCAAUGAGGAGGACAUGAAAUAAAUGAUGCUCUUGCUGCUCUUUGGAUGCUUGCACUGAUGGUGUUUCUGAUAAGCAAGUGUUACACAUAGCUGAUGAAUUAUCUGUAAAUAACUGCAGCUAAUGUUCCUUCCAAUGUUCUGAUGUAAGAUGUUGUUGAUGGUCGUGUUUUUUUCAAUAAAGUCUAAACUAUGCCCUCUUCCAUAUUCAUUAUUACAGUAUCGGACAAUAGAAAUUGAACUAAUUCAAAAUAACUAUUUGAAAUGUUGCUACAUUCGUACAUAACUUAGUUUUCACAUGAGCUUACAGAACAGGAAAAAAAAGUUAUUAUAACCACCAUUUUGUGCCCUAGGACACAGUGGAUGGUGGUUGGUAGAAUGCGCUUGUUUGAAAUGGAAAAGGAUGCGGUAGUUAUUGAUAAAGAGGCACAUCAAGAGGAAGCAGCUGCUUUACAAGUGGGAUGCACUGUUGAGCGCUACAUCCAGAGGGGUUCGUGCUAAAUGUACGGAGAUUGUUACAGCCGGUUAAAUGGCGUCCCUUGAGAGGGCAAGAACAAGAUGUAUGUCAGGAGAAGGGCAGUAUUAUCAUAAGGAGAUGUAUACUUGGAAUACGGAGGAGGAAAAAGAGGCAGAGGAGGUCUAAGAGAGGGAGGAAGAGGGUGAGCUUGAGUCAGUUAAAAAUGGCGGGGAAAGGGAGAUGGUUUGUUAAAGAAGAAUGGUAGAAAUUGUAAGCAGAGUGAGCUGUUUGCCGGAUUGAAGACAGGAGGAGAAAUGGAAGUGAAUGAGGGCGAAGUAUCAGAGGUGCAGUGGCGACUUGUCAUUAUGGCAGGUAGCCCCAUCUGUUUAGCAAAAAAAAAAUAUAUAUACAGUUGAAGUCGGAAGUUUACAUACACCUUAGACAAAUACAUUUAAACUCCGUUUUUCACAAUUCCUGACAUUUCAUCCUAGUAAAAACUCCCUGUCUUAGGUCAGUUAGGAUCACCACUUUAUUUUAAGAAUGUGAAAUGUCAGAAUAAUAGUAGAGAGAAUGAUUUAUUUCAGCUUUUAUUUAUUUCAUCACAUUCCCAGUGGGUCAGAAGUUUACAUACACUCAAUUAGUAUUUGGUAGCAUUGCCUUUAAAUUGUUUAACUUGGGUCAAACGCUUCCACAAGCUACCCACAAUAAGUUGGGUGAAUAUUGGCCCAUUCCUCCUGACAGAGCUGGUGUAACUGAGUCAGGUUUGUAGGCCUCCUUGCUCGCACACACGUUUUCAGUUCUGCCCACACAUUUUCUAUAGGAUUGAGGCGACUCCGGGAUGCUGACCUUCUAGGCAGAGUUGCAAAGAAAAAGCCAUAUCUCAGACUGCCCAUUUUAAUAUUUUAUUGGCCAGUCUGAGAAAUGGCUUUUUCUUUGCAACUCUGCCUAGAAGGCUAGCAUCCCGGAGUCGCCUCUUCACUGUUGACAUUGAGACUGGUGUUUUGCGGGUACUAUUUAAUGAAGCUGCCAGUUGAGGACCUGUGAGGCGUCUGUUUCUCAAACUAGACACUCUAAUGUAUUUGUCCUCUUGCUCAGUUGUGCACCGGGGCCUCCCACUCCUCUUUCUAUUCUGGUUAGAGCCAGUUUGCGCUGUUCUGUGAAGGGAGUAGUACACAGCGUUGUACGAGAUCUUCAGUUUCUUGGCAAUUUCUCGCGUGGAAUAGCCUUCAUUUCUCAGAACAAGAAUAGACUGACGAGUUUCAGAAGAAAGUUAUUUGUUUCUGGCCAUUUUGAGCCUGUAAUCAAACCCACAAUCGCUGAUGCUCCACUAGUCUCAAGAAGGCCAGUUUUAUUGCCUCUUUAAUCAGCACAACAGUUUUCAGCUGUGCUAACAUCAUUUACAUUUUAGUAAUUUAGCAGACGCUCUUAUCCAGAGCGACUUACAGGAGCAAUUAGGGUUAAGUGCCUUGCUCAAGGGCACAUCGACAGAUUUUUCACCUAGCCGGCUCGGGGAUUAGAACCAGCGACCUUUCGGUUACUGGCACAACACUCUUAACCACUAAGCUACCUGCCGCACCGUAAUAAUUGCAAAAGGGUUUUCUAAUGAUCAAUUAGCCUUUUAAAAUGAUAAACUUGGAUUAGCAAACACAACGUGCCAUUGGAACACAGGACUGAUGGUUGCUGAUAAUGGGCCUCUGUACGCCUAUGGAUAUAUUCCAUAAAAAAUCAGCCGUUUCCAGCUACGAUAGCCAUUUACAACAUGAACAAUGCCUACACUGUAUUUCUGAUCAAUUUUAUUUGAAUGGACAAAUAAAUAUGUGUCACAUAUCAGUUUGCAAAAAAUGUAAAAAUAAAAUAGAAAAUAUAAUAAUUUAGUUAAUAAAGCUGCAUACAAACAUUGUCUCUUUUUUGCUUUCUUGAGUAAGGCAGCGCCAAAAUGCAGGUGUUUCAGCCUAACUCAGUGCUUUCUGUGGUGGUGGGGCAGCCAGCAGAAAAUACAGAGUGUAUGGGUUGGUAAUGUUCUCUAGUUGCGCCGUGAUUGGCUCAGUGUUCUGUCACUCAUGGGGACACUACAUCACCGCAAAAUCUAUGGGUAGAGCUCGAAAAUUCAAGCCCCUUGGGUGCUGCCAUAGAUUUACAUUAGAAGUGCCCAUCCAAGAAGGCUCAAGGUCAUUUCCCACAGAUAAAAUGAAGUCAAAUCACGGUAUAUCUACCGUAGCUCUGAUCAUGUCAACAUCAUACUUUCAAAAUCUUAGCUAGCAAGCUAGACACGCAGUCAUCAUGAAUCAAGUCGACAAUCUACUGGCAAAUCCUUUUCAAUCCUUGUCAUAUGAAGAUAAAUUAUAGAUAAAAUGUAUCGGUGCUCAUCGGCCAUUGGACAUAAACAUUACACAACAAGUUGGAAAUCGCAAAUUUAACAAUGAGUGGUUUGGAAGGAAUCAGUGGCUAACUGCAAGCAUUGCAAAGCAAUCACUAGCCUGCUAUUCAGUGGAGUGGGUGGGUGGUCCAAGCCUGGGUUUAAGGGUCUCUUUUCCAAGCUUAAAAGGAUAAACAUUCACAUGCAACACCAUGGGCCAGAAAAUGUUGAAUACAUUGGCCAUACUGUCAAUCCAGCAUGACUCCUGCCGUAUUCAAAACAACUGGAAACUCGGAACUGGGAAAUCUCAGACUUCAGUGAGUUCAAGACAACUGGGAACUCUGAAAAAAAAUUAGCUCCCACUGGGAAAAUACGUUUUGAACGGUCAUCCAACUCAGAAUUCCAAGUUGGGAACUCGGGCCUCUUUCUAGUGCUCCGACCUGAAGAUCACUGCUGUCAUGAUUCAACCUUGUUUUUUUCAGAGUUCCCAGUUGUCUUGAACGCACCAUAAAUCCAGAGAAUGCCGAACUUUGAUGACAACAUUUGGCCACAAGAAGGAACGCCGCGCCACUGUCCUGUUCAAGUGAGCACAGCACAACAAGGUGAGUCAAAAACUGUAUUGUAUGCUGCUGCAUAAAUGAUGUAAUAUGCCAGGGAUGUAUGUAUACUGUAGCUAAGAAAGUCAUACUAAGUGUAUGUUCUGUAGUAAGUCUAUGUGCCUCACCCUAAUAAUUUGGUCCCUUUCCCCCUCAUAACUUAGCCUACUGUUCUCGGCGGACCCUUUUCUGGCAACGACAGUAAAAACAAAUAUGGUUCCAAGUCACCUCAUAGGUCUGGUCCAGGAGGGAAACCCAGAGACCGAAUGGGGGGUGAUUGGGACAGGAAAGAGGGAACAACAUUUGGGGAUGCAGCAAAUCUUUUGGAAUGAUGUCACCGGGGUUUAAGAGGUUUGGAGGGAAGAAAUUUGGGGAUGGCGACAAGAGAUUUGGAGGGAAGAAGUUUGAGGGGGGAAAGAAAUUUGGGGAAAAUACAUUUGGGGGUGAUAGGGGUUCUAAGUUUAAGGGCAAACCUCAUCAUGGUGGUUUGAAGAAGGGUCCUGGAGGGGCGAAGGGGGGCUUCAAACAGAGGAAGGGGAAGAGCUGAGCUUCACAACCCUCUGAAAGCCUGGACUGAUUAAUGCUGGACGCAGUACCGUGGUAGAACACCAGGUGGCAGUAUGGACUCACUAUUGUCACUGCAGCUUCUGAUCACUGAUCAAAAUGCCAACAUGAACAGGAAUGUAUUAAUUCAUGAAAGGACAAUGGUAUUGCCACAAGUCAGCGGGAGGACUGGAUGAAAAUGCAAUGAUGUAGCUUUGUUCCUUAUGAAGAUGUUUAUAAAAAUGUUAUAAGCAUUGGCAAAUAAAUUGCUGCAUGCAAAGUACAGCUCAAUUGUGUGUAGCCUUUUUUUCUUGGGGCUGACUCACAUGUAGC